UUUUCAACUCUUGACUAAAAGAAUCAGAGCGUUUACCAGUUCUCAAAAGCAACCUAACGUAACGGGGAAUCGAGCUGAGCACCCCACUUUUGUUUUUCUUUCAUUUCAGUAGUUCAUCUCUUGUUGAAUUCUCUCUGGAGCUGAAGCGAACAGAACGAAUGGAAAUGGCUGCGGAUUCAGGAGAGAAGCGGCUCAAUGAACUGGGCUACAAGCAAGAACUUAGAAGAGAAAUGACUUUGUUCAAAACGCUGGCUAUAUCAUUUUCAACUAUGACUCUCUUCACUGGGAUCACUCCAUUGUACGGUUCCAGUUUGAUGUACGCAGGGCCUGCAGCUCUUGUUUGGGGCUGGCUUGUGGUUUCAUUCUUCACAUGCUUUGUCGGAAUCGCAAUGGCUGAAAUUUGCUCCUCUUUUCCGACAACAGGUUCUCUUUACUUCUGGGCUGCACAUUUAGCAGGCCAGAAAUGGGGUCCAUUUGCGUCGUGGUGCUGCGCUUGGCUUGAGACAAUAGGGCUAGUAGCUGGGAUAGGAACACAGGCUUAUGCAGGAACACAGACAUUGCAAAGCAUAAUUCUUUUAUGUACUGGGACAAAUAAAGAUGGAGGAUACUUGGCUCCGCGUUGGCUAUUCUUGUGCAUUUACAUUGCUCUUACACUUAUAUGGGCAUUUCUUAAUACAUUUGCACUAGAAGUUAUUGCUUUUAUUGAUAUCAUCUCCAUAUGGUGGCAGGUUUGUGGGGGAUUGGUUAUUGUUAUUAUGCUUCCUCUUGUGGCACCAACCACACAGUCAGCUUCAUAUGUGUUCACUGCAUUUGAAUUGGGAUCGGAGUCUACUGGGGUCUCCAGCAAAGUUUAUGCAACUGUACUCGCCUUUCUGGUUAGUCAGUAUUCGUUAUAUGGAUAUGAUGCUGCUGCACAUCUCACUGAAGAAACAAAAGGUGCAGAUAGAAAUGGUCCUAUUGCCAUUCUUUGUAGCAUAGGGAUAAUCUCAGUUUUCGGAUGGGCGUAUAUAUUGGCUCUAACUUUCAGCAUCCAGGAUCCGAGUUACUUGUAUGAUAGAUCAAAUGAAACUGCAGGAGUAUUUGUACCAGCUCAAAUUCUGUACGAUGCGUUCCACGGGAGAUACCACAAUUCUACUGGAGCAAUUCUUUUACUCUUUAUCAUAUGGGGUUCAUUCUUCUUUGGUGGGCUCUCAAUAACGACUAGUGCAGCCAGAGUUGUUUAUGCCCUAUCGCGAGAUCAAGGAAUCCCUUUCUCAUCCAUCUGGCAAAAAGUGCACUCCAAACGCAAAGUUCCUGCAAACGCAGUGUGGCUGUGUGCAGCUAUAUGCAUUCUUCUUGGACUCCCCAUACUGCAAGGGAGUAUAGUUUUCACUGCCAUAACAUCCAUCUGUACAAUAGGAUGGGUCGGGGGCUAUGCAGUUCCAAUCUUCGCCCGCAUUGUGAUGGCCGAGGAGGAUUUUAAGCCGGGGCCAUUUUAUUUGGGGAAGGCAAGAAGGCCUGUCUGCUUGGUAGCCUUUCUGUGGAUUUGCUACACCUGCUGUGUCUUCCUUCUGCCAACAGCCUAUCCAAUUGCCUGGGACACUUUCAACUAUGCUCCAGUUGCUCUGGGAAUAGGCUUGGGUUUGGUCUUGCUUUGGUGGGUUGUGGAUGCAAGAAAAUGGUUCAAGGGACCUGUAAGAAACAUUGAUGUUGCCAAAGUUUAAUUUACAUAUUUACAUGUUGGAAGGAUUAUAUAUAGGGUUGCAUUCA